AUGUUGGACCCAGAUAUUUCAAAUGCUUUAGCUGCCAAAUAUAUUGCAGUUCCACUUAUGUUCCCUAUACACCAAAUAUCUGUCAAAGACUUUGCAGGUGAAGUUGGAAACCAAAGUGCUGACCCAGGUGCAAGAACAGAUAUUGCUUUAACAACUGCAAUGAAACAUGCAGAUACUAUGUUUGUACUGUUCAGACGAACUAUAAAUGACUAUUCUUGCUUCUACAACCCUGGUAUUAAAUACCAUAUAAACAUAGAUGGCAAAUAUUAUCCAAGAGAAGAAUAUUCUACAGUUGAGGAUAUGAGGUCAUACAACUUGACAUUAGAUGCUAUGAACUUUAACAACAACUUCACAACAACCAUUAACCCUGAAAUGCAAAGUUCUAUUAUGCCAUAUGUGAAAGUAUGGACUCAUACAGGAGGUCAAAAAACUCAAUAUACAAAUGGAGACCGUUCAAACUUUUGGCUUGGCAUUCCAUUUGCUGACUCAGAAGACUUUAUGGGUGGUAUUUCAACUGUUGGUACUGUACAAAUACAAUAUACUG